GACCGAACUCUUGCACCGUAUCCACCUCCAGAGUGUAGCCAACAACUUGACCGGAUGUCUCCGUCAGAAAUAGUGGACCAUAUAAUCGCAACGAAUAUUGACCCAUCAACACUAGUAAAAAUUGAAAAACAAAUUGCAGUACCGCUUCGUCAACUAAUUUCACCAAGAGAAAAUCGACGUAGACGAUGUAUUCCGAGACCUCAAAAUAAUUUUGUAUUAUACAGAAGAAAUUUUCAUGCAGUAAUUACCAAAGAACGAGGUCAUGCAGUAGCAAAGAAUUUUAAACUUAUUUCAAAUGAAGCGGCUAAAAAUUGGUCAGAAGAAAGUAAUGAAGUCAAACAACUUUAUGAAUUAAUAGCGGAUUGCGCAAAAAAAGUUCAUGACUGUACCUAUCCACAAUAUGUUUAUCAACCAAAACAUAAAUCUUCAAAGAAAGGAAAUAAUACGAUUUUUAGAGAAGUUACUAUGGACACUUGUAAACAACGAUCAGAGAAAUCUAAAUCCGAUC